GCGUAUUAAUUGGUUAUUUGAGAACUGUAAAAGCCUCAGAUGCGAAAAGAUAAUCAACGAGAUGAUUCUCGAAUAUAAAAGCGACAGGGUACGAUCCCUUCAGCAGGUUAACCUUUUUCAUUCUUUUUUGUGUGAGUAAUUUCACCAUAGAAAAGUGGUGCAACAACGACUGCGUUACUCAAUUAUUCGUAAACUAUUUAUUUUGCUCUAAGAAAAUAAAUAGCGCGAUUGCCUAAAAACCAUCAAAACAAUCUUUAGGAAGGAAGCUACUUUCAGGUCCACUAUCCAUAAUAAUGAGCGACGAAACUGACGACCGUCUUACUUAUACAUAUGGGAGUCGAAGUUCACAUUCAUCCGAACCGGAAGAAGACAAAAAGGGAGUGCAAACAUGGACGGUAAAGUCAACUGAAUCCAAGGAUGAUGAAUCGAAAGUUGAUGACUUGGGACCUCCUCUUCCGUCAAGGAGUUUAUACUCUUUUUUCUUUGGACCAAGGGUUAAAAUACCAAAUGACGCUAUAGCCACGCAGUAUUCGGUUUAUGAUGACCCACUGGCUCGAGAGGCGUAUUAUCCUAUUGAUACAUACGAAAAUAAACAUCGGUUCGAUCCAGGUUUUCGAUGGACAUGGGGAGAAGAAAAAUGGCUUGUAAGAAAAAUGGACUUGUUCAUUAUGCUUUGGACAUGUGUAAUGUUUUUCGCGCUCGAGUUGGAUCGUGCAAACAUUAAACAAGCUUUGAGCGAUAACUUUUUGGGUGAUUUGGGUAUGAAUACAAAUGAUUAUAAUAACGGUAUGAUUGUUUUUUAUUGUUCCUUUUUACUUGCCGAAUUGCCCUCGCAAUUGGUCAGCAAACGCGUUGGUCCUGACCGCUGGAUUCCCACCCAAAUUACGUUAUGGAGUAUUGUUACGAUAUUUCAAAUUUUUGUAAAAAACAGGGCCACCUUUUAUGUUACACGGAUGCUACUUGGAAUUCUUGAAGGAGGGUUCAUUCCUGAUGUAGUUUUGUAUCUUUCCUAUUUUUACACUGGUUCGGAGCUAAAUCUUCGCUUUUCCUUCUUUUGGAUUUCCAAUUAUAUUGCUGAUAUUUUCGCCUCUUUUUCUGCUGUCGGCAUUCUCAAAUUACGCGGUCACCAUGGGAUUGCUGGCUGGCGUUACCUUUUUUUGAUUCAAGGCCUUAUCACUUUAUUCAUUGGAUUAUUAUCCUACGGUAUGAUGCCUUCUGGACCAACAGCUACUGCAUCUUGGUUUCGUGGAAGAAAAGGCUGGUUUAGUGAGCGACAAGAGAAAAUCAUUGUGAAUCGAGCACUACGAAACGACCCAUCGAAGGGAACCAUGCAUAACCGACAAGCAUUAACACCUAAGCUUCUAUGGAAAGCCAUUUGUGACUAUCAUUUGUGGCCUCUCUAUGCUAUUGGUAUUUGUUUUAAUAUUCCAUAUCUCCCACCAUCAUCAUACUUAACCUUAAGCCUUAAAGAUCUCGGAUUCUCAACAGUCUUAACUAACCUACUGGUCCUGCCGUCUACGUUUUUGACGAUUAUAAAUUUAUUAGGAAUCACAUUUUUCAGUGAAAUGGUUGGAGAAAAAACAUUAGUUUGCAUGGGUCCGCAAUUAUAUGUGCUACCAUUGUUAAUUGCAUUGUACCUUUUGCCUGGAUCCACCAAUAAGUGGGUGUUGUAUGCAAUCUCUACUUUGAUUGUUGGCACUCCUUACGCUCAUGCCUUGCAGGUGGGUUGGAAUUCUCAAAACUCGAAUUCUGUUCGCACUCGCACUGUUUCCGCCUCAUUGUAUAACGUUUCAGUUCAGAUUGGUAGCAUCGCAUCUGCCGUAAUUUAUCGGGCAGACGACGCUCCUCGCUAUCGACGUGGAAAUCGCGACCUUAUUGGUAUAACGUGUAUGAACAUUGUUAUUUAUUUAUUUACAAAAGUCUUUUAUGUUCAUGUGAACAAAAAAAGAGACAAACUAUGGAAUGGAAUGACGGAGGAGGAGAAAAAAUAUUACAUUGAAAAUACUACCGACGAAGGAAACAAGAGAUUAGAUUUUCGUUUUGUCCACUAAGUCCCUUUUGGAAAUUUUUUUUUUUUUNUUUUUUUGAUUUAUUUUAAUAUCCAUGUUAAUUAUUAGCCUCCUUUUAUUUUUUAACCGAUUUUCCCUUUGUUGCUACUAGGCUUAUACACCUAUAAAAUAUUAGUGUCAAGAGAGCCUUCAUAUCAGCAUAUGUAACAGUCAAAUUACGGCAAAGUAUAAAUUGUUUUACGUCGCUACCUGCACUCAGCGCAGUACGUAAACAGAUAAAAGUUUCAAUUUGAGAAACGAUUGAUUUACAAAGGACAAAUGAGCUAUAGAGCAGUUUUAUUGAUCGAUUACAGUAAAUGUAUUUUUUCUAGAGAUAUUCAGCUAAACCUUCUAUUAACAAGAUCAUAAACUUGGGCUAAUACUAUUAAUUGAAAUAGAUUGUCUGAAUUUCAAACUAAACACCAACGUUUGAAGCAAUAAGUGAUUGUAUUCGUCACGAGUUUAAUCUUCCCGUAACAUUACAAUUUGUUCAUCCAGCAGGUCUUCUAAAGCUAACCGAGACUACAAUGAAUAAAAUACAGUUAUAUUACGAGAAUAUUCUUCAUUUAAUUAAAGAGUAUUAAAAUAAUGAAUAAAACAAAUGCUUUUUGACUCGAUUUGGUCGACUCUGUCGGGCUUUCAGCUCUCAACCUUUUUGGCCGACUCUUACCUUGGGUGUACACUUCGUGCAAUUCAUAACGCUUCUUCUAUUCGUUAAAGGCAAAACUACAAGAACAAACUACAAUGCAGCAGCAAGAUAUACGCAAGAUGUUACUCACUGCUGACUGUUCCGGCUUUUGACAAAACACCAGUUUCCAUCAAUGACUGGACAAAGUGAUUUAGGGGUACACUUCUGGGGUACCAAGUUCAUGCAGGCAAUCAAAUCGGAUUCAAGUAAACCACCAGGGGAUGGGUAAUCGUUAACUUUUCCGCACGACUCGUCCAAGACAUCCAAAUCCAUAUGAAUCAGAGCCGGACUGUAUGAUCGCCGUUCAAGUUGGGUAUUGAGAUCGUGGGCGAAAUCCACUUUUCUCGAGGUGUCACCCCAAAUACACUCCAUACCAGCAUCUAUUACACGUUGUCGCUGAACCUCAGAUUGGUCGCGUAGACCACAGUAAAGGAACCGGUGAUAGUCAAAUGGCUCAAAUCCAGGUACAGUUUUCAUUAACGUCUUCCAGCUUUCUCCCCGGAGCAUAGACAAACCCAUGGCAUCAAAAUAGCCGUUUUCGUUGACGUCAGGAGAGUCAAGAUCGUCAUGAGCAUCAAAGUAAAUGAAUGCUAAAUCCUUAAUUUUCAGCCCACAUGCGACAGCAGCGCUAGCCAUGCAGUUGCCAGAAAGAAUUAGGGGAAACGUAUUCUUGGCGACGGCCUCGGUAACUGCAAGCGAUGUACGACGCAUAAUCUCAAAACUGCGGCCGAUUUCACCCUCAAAGUCAUCCACGCGAUUAAUUUCCUUCAACUCAACCUUGGCACCCAGCCGUUCUAGUUUUUGAACUAAUCCCAGCGAUCGAAUUCGCUUAGGACCAUUGCCUACACGGUGAUCACGAAGGCCAACAUGAUAGGGAGAGAAAAUAAUGGUAAUAGCACGGGCGGACAUGAUAACUUUGAAUCUUUAUUUUUGUUUUUUGCUGAGAUCGGUAUAGCGUCAGGAGUAUAUGAUUUUAUAGUUAAUGAGAUUGAACGAG